UUAAUUAUCUUCGCCAACCUGUUUGUCAAGUUAAAAAAAAAAUUAAUAAAAAUGAUAUCAAUUCCGUAUCGACCGCAUUCCAAGUACGUAAGAAGAGGUCAAAGAACUAUGUGUCAGUAUUUCGUUAUUUUUUUUUUUCUUGUUAAAACCUUUUACAUGAAACGAACGUUCCAUAAAUUUAUACGUCUUUGUUUACUUAUGUAAAACGUGCAUAACAUUUUAAAUACGUAGUACAUGUGUAUUCGAUGAUAAACAAAAAAAUAUUGAAAUAAAUCGAAUAACGUGUUGAAAUAUUCUUUUAACUUUAUGCGCAAAUUAAAACAAACAAAUAUAUAAUUUGAAAAAUACUAUUGCAAUGAAAUAAAUUCUAUAAUAACGAAUAAUUCAUUUCUUAUUAUUUUUAUUAUUGUUGUUGUUGUUGUUGUUCCAGAUUAAGAUGACGUUUAAAUCGUUGAUGAAUUUCGGUUCCUCCGGAAAAAUUCCUUACACGCCUGUCGAUCGUUAUCACAGCGGAUGGGGUGGUGAUUCUUACCAUCACAGUUCUAAAGGGUUAUUAUUGGAAAAAUUUCUCAAAGAAUCUUUUGAUAAUGUUUAACCAUAAUUAAGAUUAAAAGAACUUCUUCUUCUUCAUCAUCUUCUUCAUCAUCAUUGUUUACAUUUCAGUGGUUAUAAAGGAAACAAAGGUGGUGGUAAUAAUGCUGCUUUGAGUGCUUUAACUUUACUUGCCUUUCUUUUUCUCAUAAACGUUAUGCAACAAUCAUUGCAAGACAAUAAUGCAACCGUUACAACGCCCACGACAACUUUGUUUUUACGUGAAGAGGAUCAACCAAUCGUAUUGGACGGUAGAAACGUUAAUAAAAAAAAGGAAGACGAUAUUAUUUACAAUCGACAACCAUCCAAAUCUUAUGACAAAAAUUACGUUAGAUUGUAAUUUUACCUUUUUGUAAUUUAAAUUGUUAUUUUAUGCGGGAUUGAAAAUAUGGGACAUUGAUUCGUAUGUAAAUGACGUUUUUUUUUUUUUUACAAUAGAUUCAAUUUUACUUCUGUGCAUCGUUUUUUUUUUUUUUUUUUUUUU